CGAAUCGAGGUGGGUUCUUCUAAACUUUGUCAUAGGUCUAAGUCUACUUGUUUUCAUUUUUCUUGAUUUGUGCUUUCAUUUUUGGGAUUAGAAGUCCUUUCUGUUAUUCUUUCACCCCGAAGUAGCGCCCCUAGGUAGUUGCAGCAUACCAGGCUCCUGAAGCCGAGCGAAGUCCCAUAGUGUUGACAUUCGGAGCCAUUUACUGCUUGCGCAUUAGAACUUUGAUCAGUCAGCAUCCAAAUUAUUGCUAUUCAAUUUCAAACCCUCACUUUCUGGCACUUUGGCCGCCUACAUUCUGUUUUAGAUCGUCUUCUUAUCUCAUGGUUUUUCUUGUUGCCUCAUUGACGUUUUUGCUGAGCAUUGUGUAGUCAUUUCCACUCAUCUUCCUCCCAUUUUCUUCUGACUCCAACUCACACAAUAGGAAAAAAAUAAGAGGACUGCCUUGUGCAUUCUUCUCGAAAGCAACACGUAGUUGGAAGCUGCUUCCAAUCGACAGCUCUUUCAUUCGAUAUCAUUUCAACACCUGAAAAACCUAACGUCACACCUACCACGCUCACAAGUAACAGUAGUCUUAACGUAGAUAAGCAGGAGGAUACGCUUCGCAAGGUAGCAAGACGUCCCAGCUACCCUUACUUGUUUCCACAUAAUACAACGUGUUUAGUUCUUAACGGUUGUCGCCUUAUCAGUUCAUUUCAGAUAAUUGGUUUUGUUCUUAUAUAAUUUCACGUCAGUGUCAACCGGUAUUGUCGUUGUGUUGUUCUUUUUGCUAAUUAUAGAUAGAAACGGUCGUCACGCUAAUGAAUCACUAACGUAUAACCAUUUUUUAUAUUGAUUUCCUAUUCGUAGAACCAGUAAGUCAGCAAAAAAAUUCCCAGAGAGGUUAAUGUAGCUGCUCGUAGUUCGUUUUUUUACCACUUCUUGUUCAUCUUCUCCAUCUGAAAAAUCUAAAGAAUCUAAACGCACAUCUCGAUCUCGUCAAAUAUAUUCAUUGCACCACUUUGCUCUAACGUUUCUUUGAUUGUUUGCGCUAUAAAAAUUAGCGCGAAGCUGUUUAUUUAAAGUUCCCGGCUUUCCUAUCACGUUUAUCCGUACUCAGAAUUAUCUAAAUUCACACUAACAAGAGUUCCGUUUACAAGGUAUAUUUCCAUUUGUUACCCAUACAAAAUAUUUUUUUAUCGAUCUAGUUGAGGUGCCCUUUCUCGUAGUGCAAGAACUAUUUUUCACAUUAAUUCGAUAUCACCUUCUGAAGGGCAAAAUCAUCAAAAUGGCGGCAAAGGCAAAAGCUGCAUCGAAGAAGCUGGCGUUCAACUCAGAGGUGUUUCUGAGUGAAUGUUUCGACCGAACGAGUAUUCGGGACGCUGACUCCGCCGGAAUGUCGAGAGUUGAUAAGCGCACUAAGCUUAUGGCGCUGGGAAUCGAAAAAAAAGGAUCGAGUCAAACCGUGGUGAACACCAUCCUCGAUGGAAAACAUACGCUGGCCAAAGAAUUGAUUGUCCAUUGCGAAAAUAAGGAGCGUACUACUCUUUUUCUUUUAUCCUUUAUUCGUUCACCCUAUGGAAUUUUGUGACUUUGUUCUCACUUUGAAGAAUCAUCCAAACACCACUACACCAUCCACGUUGAGUCUUCCACUCUAUAUAGUGUCCUUACUCUUGUAGACGAAGCAUCACGAUCCUCCUUCUGGAGCACUUUGUGACAAAGUCCACAAAGCUAGCAAUCAUUUAGCAUCGUGCGCCUCUUGUCAACCACUUCACAAAUCUUCUUACCACCUUAGUUUCACUUAUUUUCCAACCAUCUUCUUCAGCUAUUUCGAGACGAAUCAACUCCAAAGCUUACGUUGAUGAUUUCUUCAAAGGGAUUGCUGAGCAAGCGAGAAACCUUAAGGCCAAAGUGUCUUGGGACUGGUUGUCGGUAUUAUGAACUACAUACUUUUCAUCUACACCCUUCUAUCUUGUUCCAUUUUAUGUGGUGGCUUGACCUGCUUCUUUUCGUUUUUUCUCUGUCGACAUGGGCAGCAGACCAAUCAGACUAAUCUCUUAUAGACAGGCACUUCUUCAAUUCAAAAUGGAGUCUUUCGUUUCCUGAUGAGAAACUAACUGAAUCCUGAUGGUCUCACUGUUUUUCUAGAAAUAUUAUUACCAUUAUCCCCACAACCAUGAUCAUCAUUAUCCCCAUGAUCCAGGGCUGUUGGAAAAGGAGACUCCGCAAGAAGGAAAAAACGCCCAAGCUGUCUUACAUGCAUGUUCAGAAGGCCGCUCUGGCAACGCGACGACAGGGCUUGUUCAAGUUGCCUUACGUUAAAAAGGCCUGGGGAAAAAUAGCCACGUUUGUGACCUUAUGCGUGCUUCGCAACUCGACGGAAAAGAAUUUGCAGAAGCUGACGCAGGUACUUCUCUCGUGUUUUUCUUUGUUUUUCAUACCCUUGAACAAGUAGAAUGUACUACUUUUUCCUUGCAAAAAUUACGUUGCCAUCUCUCAUCCUUCACCCAUACACAGCAUCCUACCCUAGUAGCUUUUCUGCCUCCUCCCGUUCCCAACAAUAGCUCCUCUAGGAUCAUACACAGAACCUUUGUCAAACAGUUUCCUCCUCGGUCGAAAUUCAAAUAGCAGGCACAAAACCUUCAUUACCUUUCUUGUAUGUUUCCUUUUACCCUCCUCACUUUUGUUCUUCUCACAGCUGAUGCGUGGGUACCAGGAGCUCGUGAAUUUAUCUCACGCUGUAUGGUCGUUUGCUAUCCUCUUGGGCGGAUUAUCUUUCUCGAGCCAUGCCGGUAAGGGCCGAACCGGAGCAGGCCGUCUCUACUUGGAGCUUACGAACGAUGUCAGUCUGCGUUUGCCGCCAUUCGUGAACGCCAAGCAGGCGCUGUGGGGAAAGAUCAGAGCCCAUUGGAAGGCUAAGGGAUUCGAGAACUACACGUACAAGGACACGGCGCUGCGCUUUCCAGCAACUCGCCAGGAGUUUCCCAGGUCGAUACUGCUGUGGCUGAUUGAGCGCGAGAAACUUCACAAGUCCUUCAGCUAUCUCAACAUGUGGCGACAGGCUGAGAAACAGCGCGCAAUCCUUUUGGCGAAGCAGGAAGCGCAUCUGAACAAGAAUAAUAUUAAGCGAUCCAGAGAUGAGCGAGACCAUAACCCGAGUCCGCUACAGAAUCCGAAGCGUCCGGCUGGGUACUAUAUUUAGGCUCUUUCAUCAGUUUGAUUCUCCUCAAUAGCAAUGAUUUUCAUACUACUACAUCCUGUAGCUGCACUUCGACUCAAACACAAACGGUCUUCACCUACAAACUGCUUGCAAAGACAACACCUUUCACCUUACACUAGUUCAUCCUGCGCCUCAAAUUACUUUCAAUGAAACGCAAACAGGGACGGCGAGCCCGCUGCUCCACCGAAUGCGGCUGCCGCGAAUCCUCAGGAGCCAGCAGGUGGAGAGUCUUUAAGCGGACAAGGCGAAGCAACGUUUCACCAGCAAUUGCAAGACGCUACUAUGUCCUCAGUUGUAGCUCUGACGGAGCCCUGCUUGCUUGGUGGUGGAGCUGAAGCUGCUGCUGGUCACACUGGUACUGCGAUUGCCGGUUCCUCGACCUCGUCGUCAUCUUCGUCUGUCCUUGCGCCUGGUCAGCUGUCCUCUAGUAAUCCUCUUGGAUGUGGUCUGCCUCCUGCUGUUUUUCCUGCAGCUGACCAACAAGCAGGCGAGAUUUCGACGACAGUGCAUGAAUCUGAUGACCUCCACAGCAACAAUGAUUCUUCCUCUGCACCAGCGGGAUUUGAAGCCGCGAGUCCGCUUGGAUCUAUGCCUGUCAGCUCUCCGCUGGGAUCUGGGAGCAUCGCAACUCCGUCGGCCGAUGCAGACCUUGCUAUUGUUCAAGAGGCUCUUGCUGCUGCUGCAGAUGUGGACAUUUUUCCGGAGAAUCUGGGCACGAGUGUCAUUCUUGGCUCGAGUAAUGAGAAUGGUUCCGGUGACGUGGAUAUGGACGUUGUGGAACAAAAUCCUGCUCUGCCGUCCGGUACCUCCAGCGCUGGCGCCGCUGGGCAGAACGAAACCAUGUUGCCCUUUCCGCCCAUCAUGCACGCGAACAGCGAAUCCUUGUUGCCGCCCGUCGACGUGAGCGAAACCUUGUUGCCGCCCGUCACGACCGUGAACGCCGACGUCAACAACGCCAACGAUGCGGCCAAUGGUCUCGUGCUUGCUCCGAUGAACGCGAAUCCAGUCGACAACAACAACAACAACAAUAACAACACGGCUCCAGGCAAUAAGAAGACCAAGUACUACUUAGACCUAUUGUAGCACCUUAGAAACUUUAGUAAAUUAGAUUUAGAAGAUUUAGAAAGUUUAGCUGUCUGCCAUUUGGGAUGAAUAUGACGACCAAGUACUAUAAGCACACUGUAUUCUGUAAUACCUUACAGACUCGACAUGAUUUAGAACAUUUAGAAAAUUUAGAAUAUUGCGUUUCAUCCACUCGCUUCAGGAAAAAAGUGUCGAAAGUUUUUGCCGAUGCAGUUGAAGGGACAGAUCUUGGCGAUAUUCUCGACGAGCUGAAAGAGGUGCUUCCUUUUAUUUGCUCAUGGUUUGAAUGAUAGAGCGAGCCUCUUUCUUUUUUGCCGUCACGUUCUUUUUGGUACUACUUCUUGCCUACAAGUGCAACUUCAUCAUCCAUCUUCGUCAUCCCUCUUCGUCAUCCAUCUCGUCCACCUUCAUCAUCCACCUUCUUUAUCGUCCACUUUCAUCAAUAAUCUUCAUCGUCCAUCUUGACUCCAUAGCCUUUGGCCGCGGAAGCUGAAAAGGACUUGCACAAGGAAUGUGGAGAAUUCCUUUUCCUGCUUUUCCAAUGUGGGCACGCCAUGGCUUCGUGGUUCAAUGAAGAGCAUGCGACUUUAUUCAACGAGACUGCUGUGGUGUAUGCGUUCUUGCUAUUUUUAGCUGAUGGCGCAGAACUGGCUCAAACGCUGUGUCAUUCGGUGGAUGUCGACAGAAUCAGAGAAACGCUUGGAUUGGACCUAGAGUUGGUGCUUAGUUUGGGCAGUAAGCGGGAAGCUUUGCAGAACGAUUUGAGGGAUAAACAAGUUGCAACGGGUCUAGCAGGAGCUAUGCUGUCGUAUUUUGGGUUGUCCGAAAACAAGAAUAUCGCGUUCGAUAAUAUCGGAUACACCGCGUCCAGUGUCUUGAAGACGCUAACCGAUGCAGGCAAAGGGCUGCCUGGACUGAUUGAACAGGUGCUGACUUGUAUACUUUGUUCUUACGUCACCUUGAUGUAGCAAGAAAAUCACAACGAACAAGUAGACCCAUCACUAGUACUACAGAACUGGAGUGAUACUGUGCCUUCUCGUGUUGCCUUUUCAGUAGUAUCCCUCGUUUCCCUCGACCUUCGUCUCCCUCAACGACCACGACUUUUGCUCGCUCGAUCUUUUCUCAUAUAUCUUCAGGUAUACCAGAACAGCGUCGGGAAUGGCGAUCGCAGCGCUCAAAUGGAUAUGAACCAGCUGAAGAUUAUCAUUUCUUGCAACGGUUCUCCGACACCGCAGUGCCCUGCCUGGGCUAAGCUCAUGUCGAACGCUUUGGGAGCUAUGUACGAACUAGCCUGCCAGUCGUUUACCAUGAUCGAAAUGGCAAGUCAGGGGAAUGUCGAUUUGCAGCGCAUCGAAGAAGCGGCACUAUUUCGAGCUCUUUGA